GGGCGUGAGGGGUCCGUGCGGAGAGGGGCGCGGGUACGGCCGGGCUGGUGUCAGUGCUCUGCCUGCAGCUGGGCACUGAUGUGGGCUGUGCAGACCCAGGCCGCCGAUCCCUCCCCUCCCGGUCACAGUGCCGAGUCCGCCUCCCCGGCCCCGCCCGACAGCCUCCUCACGCCCUCCAGCCUGUGCAGCAGCCUCAGCUCCGGUUCGCUCCCGCCCGACAGCCUCCAAGCCUUCCCCGGCCUCGGCAGCGGCCGCGAGUCGCCCAGCAUCCAGUGCGACAGCCUCGAGUGUCCCGGGUGCCGCUGCAGGAGCCUGGGCUCGGUCAGCCCCUGCGAGGACAGCCUGCAGACUCGGCUCGCGGCGUGUAAUGGUCCGAGGUGCUUCGGGGUGCACCGCUGCAGCCCACACGCGCCCCGCGACCUCAGUGACAGCCUGGAGUCCUCCGGCGCCCAACACGACAGCCUCCAGUCCGUCCCCAGCCUGCGUGAGAGUCUGCGGUCCUCCAGCGUCGCGGGUGACAGUCUUGAAUCUCUUUCCAGCCUGAGCAACGGGUCCACCAGCCUGGAGUUCACCAACCAGUGAGCCCGCCUUCAGCUUUCCCACACGACGCUCCGGGCUCUGCUUUGCUCCCAGCUGCUGUGAGAGCUGCCAGUUUCCUGCCUUAUCUUUGCAGAAGGCUAUGUUGUCCCAGCUUACUCUUCUCCAGCCAGAGCAAUAACCUCAAAUCCUCGCUCUCCGUGGCUGUUUUUCUCAAGUUACCUCAGAGAGGCAGUGCUCCACACGGGCACUGUUAACAUCAGCGCUGCCAUCAGUGCAGAAUGGAGGUCCGCGGUCCUCGGAGGAAUCGCAGCUACCUGUCUGAUCUCUAUGAGAACAUGCUGCGGGCUCAAGGGGCACCGGGACAAGGACAGCAGCAGCCCUCGGUGGUACGCCCCAGCAGCAGCCUAUGUCUUGUGAGCCAUCCCCCAGUUAAGGUGGUGACCCAGCCUCAUCAGCCUCAGAGCAGCACUUUCAGCAGCUGUGAUCCAGCACUGCGGCCUAUCAUCCGCCGCCGAGCGAGGUCUUUGCCUACAACACCUGAAAGGAGGAAGCGAGUGCAGUGUCAAGCUCCUGUGUGCCAGAGCCGCAUGAACAAGGUGAGAUUUGCUGAUGCUCUGGGCUUGGAGCUGACUGAAGUGAAAGUCUUCCAGAAAGGGGAGGAUCCUUCAAUCCCCCUGCAUGUCCUUUCCAGGCUCUCCAUAAACUCAGACCUCUGGUACAGCAACUUGGAGUUUACCAUGCAGUGCUUAGUGCCUGAUUUCCAACAGCCUGCAGACUGCAUGGAUUUCUCUGCCCGACUUCAGGAGCAGCAGGUGUGCCUUGAACGAGUGACCAGUUCGGAUCUGGGGGUCAGUGGCACCAUCCAAGUUUGCAACAUUGCUUUUGAGAAGCAAGUAUCUGUGCGAUACACCUUCAACCAGUGGAAAAGCCUCCAUGAAGUGUGUGCUCAUUGGCAGAGUAGCAUCCUUGACAAAAACGGGCAGGAUCAAGUUGAUGUUUUCACUUUUUUUCUCCCUGUGCCUUCUUUCCUCCUUCAGCUGUGCUCCAUAGUCCAGUUUGCAGCAAGGUACCAAGUCAAUGGGCAGGAGUACUGGGAUAACAACAGAGGCAAAAACUACAGCCUCACUUGCCGGACUCACCCCCUCAAGAUGCCUAGAGAAUGCGAGGAGAGCUGGAUCCACUUCAUCUGAAUGAAGGAAAGUGGAUGCAGAACAGCUUUGCAGUAGUCUCAGCGGCCCUCUCUUGUGUGGCAUGGCUCUGUGCUCCUUUUUGAAGCCUACCAAACCUGGCAGUGUUUCACGACAGGCAGGUAGCCAGCAACCCGGACGUACUGUUCUAAACCUCUCAAAGUAUAAAGGGCCAAAAUGUGUAGAGCUACAUCUGCUGAAAGCCUGGGUGGUUUCUUGUAGUGUAUUAAUCAAGGCAGAAUGGUUCAAAGGGAUUCUGCCAGGCUGUUUAGCAGAGAUCAAGAGAAAACACUUUAUAUUGCUAGCAACAUUCUAGAUUGCAUAGAGUAUUUCUAACAGAUCUAUUUUACUAUUUUGUACUGUCUGUUUUUUAAAUGGACAGUGUGGCUUUACUGUUUUCAUCUCUGAUUUUGUUUGUAUUAUCAUACCAAGUCUGGGCACUGUUCUGGUUACACACAAUUUGCAUGGCAGACACUGUAGGGAAGCACUUACAUAUAUAUAUAUAUAUAUAUAUAUAUAUAAAUUUUUUAAAGACUGUUACUGUGUUAACUAUUUCCAUUAAUUUUGGGGUUGAAAAGUAAAGAAAUGUUGUUAUGAGCGAAACCUGCAUGAAAAUUUCCCAUCAGCCCCUCUAUUUCCCUUUUCAUCAUUAUUAUUAUGUUUUAAGUGCCUUAUCUCCACUCUGCUGUAGGCAGGGGGAGUGACUGUUACCAGAGUGUAUGAAGGUACUCUAGUGCUUCGUGGGGAAGCUCUCAUCUUGUUCACCUGAUUUACCAGUAGGCUUUUCCUCCAGGUGGUGGUACAGGAGUUGUCCUUCUGCGGCUGCAUUUACUAAGGAAAACUAGAGAAAUUUUGCACUUGAAUUACACUUAUGCUCUUACACUCAUACUUGAAAUAGGUAAAUUUGUAAAUCAAGCAGAUGUGAGUAAGGAAAGAAAAGACAAUACAUUGAGCUUGUUACAGAUCCUUGCAGUAGGAUGCUAGAACCCUGAAUCCUGGCUCCCUGUUUCCCAGCAUCUCACUGCCAUUGCAGUUGUACUUUUUGAACGCUCUGAUCAGCUACUUUUGAUUAUAAACCAGUUGAUCUCUAAGACUGCAUCCUUUGCAGCACAAAACAGGAACUUCAAAGCAAAAUGAUGUUUUUAAUGGCAAAUUAGUAUUUAAAUGUGUCCUCAGAUUAUCUUCUACAGCAGGGAAAGCGUAAGUACUGCAUAGCCAAUACUUCUUGCUCUGCGACUUUAAUUCUGAGGAAUUAGUGUGGUUUGAGAUUGGCAACAGGGUUGGUGGCAGGCUUCAAUCUAGGAAGUAAAAGAUUGUCCGUUUAUUUGUUUGGUUUUUUUUUCCUACGUACUCAACACUUGCAUGCAAAAUUUAUGGCAUUAAUUUUCAAAGCUGCCUGGGUGGAAUUAUUAGAGCUGCUUUUUGGAAGAACUGCGCGAUGAAAAUCAAGCCAUGUAUUCAGACAUCUAACUUUACAUUGCUGCUUAUUCGUCAUCAGGGUUGAGGAUGUGCUAAUGCAGAAAGUCCAACAAGUAAUUCUGGGAGUGCAGAAACACCGAGAAAAUUCACAUUUGGCAACUUAAUGUUACUAGUUGGGCUAACUAUUUAUCAGAGCCAGGAUUUGAAGUGAACAGGCUUCCCACUUUGUUUGUCUUUGGCUUUCAAAUGAUGGUUCUUUGAGCUGCUUAGCACUUCUUUCAGAGUACAGUGAAAACUCAAACGUAUUGGAAACCGUUGAGAACUGACUGUUGUCUUAGUGGAGAACUAACCCUCUGAACGUUAAUGUGCACUUGGCAUUCAGCAUUUUGUUCUUUGCUUUGAAUUGCGUGUUUAUAGUUUCUUCCAUACCAAUCCAGUGCAUACUGCUUUGAGUUUUCCAAACUUUUGAUAGAACAAGUGAAACAUUUGUUUUCAUUGUAUAAUUUGGCCAUUUCUGUUGGCGACUGCUGCUUUAAAUGCAGUUUUGAUUUCUUUCCUAAGUAAAUGAAAUGUCUGCAGAUGACAGAUUUCAUUUAUAUAGCUUACAUAACUGUCCAGUGUAACAGCAGAAACACAAGAUGUACUUUGAAUGGCUUGUUUUCAGCAGGACAUUUGUCGGUAGUUGAAUUCAGUUGGGGCUGGCGGAGUUUUCCUCUGAAAGUCACCUUCUAAGUAUUUCUCUUCCUAUAACUGUCCCUACCUUUGGUAAUUAAUUUUGGUCUUUAACUUGUAUGUAUACUGAUCAAUUACCAGUGGUUAUCUGUAGGUAAGGAACAGUAAAUUUCUUUAACAGCUUUUUGCAUAAAAGAACUUUCAUUUUCUAUUUAACAGAAAAUGAAUGCCAGUCGUGCUUCAAUUUUGUAUUGAAGCACAGCGAGAUCAAAAGUUCAAGUUGAAACUGUUUUGAACGAGUAAACAACUGCUCCAUUGGGAUAUUUCAUAUCUGUUAAGCCUUCAUAGCCAUUAAGACAGGCAGAACACUUCUGAGAUUGGGGUGAGGCUGGAGGGUGAUUUAUAGCUACACAUUAAAAAGACUGUGUGCUUUCAUUCCUCCUGCGUUAUUUUCUGUAUCUGAGUUAAAGGAGGAACUGUUGAACAGUGGAGCAGCAGCUCUUUUGUCAUAAGGGAAGGGGAACUGAAACUACUCUUCCUCAUAGGCCAAAAAAAGAAAAGAAAAGAGGGAGACGGAGCAGUGCAAGAAGGGACACUUCUUGUGCCCUAUGGUGGGCUCUGUAUGGCUAAAGGACAUAUGAUGGUGUGUGACAUAACACAUCUGAAGUAGUCAACCCAGAUGUUCUCUGCAGUCAGGAGCGAUGUCGCUGUAGUUUGCAGCCUGCCUGUAUUAUGACAAACUGUGUCAGCCGCUGCAGGAUGAGUUCAGCUGCAAAGAAAUUCUCAGUGCUGUUGCAGAUUGCACCAAAUGUCAGGUAGGGUGAAACACACCUUCAGUAACUGCAGAAGAAUCUUUCUCGGCAUGAGCUGAACCUUACUUUGGUAAAACUUGCUCACUUAAGUAAUGCCAUUAAAGUUUAUUGCUUGUUGUUGAACUCCACAGAAAUGGAAUUUUACAUAUUAGAAAAGUAGAAAACACAGGCGCAUGUGCACACACAUAUGCACAGAAGAACUUGUGCUGAAUUAAAGGCACUAUUUUAAGGUGUUUCUCCUCCUUUUCUCCCCCUCCCCCCAAUUACUGUAUUUCUUUCCUGAACAAAAUCACUGAACUGUCUCGCAGCACACUGCUAUCUUCCUGCUCUUUAAUACUGCUUUACAAUGGAUGUUGCUGGAGCCCAGUGUGAUACUUGGCUUACUGGUAUUAAUGUGCUGUUGCUGUCUUCUGGGAGAGAAUCAUUCAUGCAAGCAAAUGUCAAAAUUUCCUUGUUACUGCAAGGAGCAAGAGAUUAUAGAGAUACCAUCAGUUUAAAGUCAUGUACGUCAGAGUGUCAGAGAGGUGAGAACUGAAUAUCUCAGCAAAGUGAGUUUGACUUGUAUUGUCUUCCUUCUGUAACCUCUCAGGGUAUUUGCAUGUACAAAAUCGUGAAUAUUCAAGUGUUAUUCCAAGUUUGCCUUUUAUCUCUGCAUGUCUUGCACUGCUGUAGAAGAACGGACAGCAGCUGUUACUAAACCAGUUGCCUGGCUUUGCUUACUGAGUUGAGCAUGCCUACAUCAGGAAGGAACCGGGAGGGAUCUCUAGAUUCCUUCAGUAUAUGAAAAACAUUUUUCUUUAGGGUGCUCUUGAGCUGUUAAAUAUUCACACAGGUAUUGAGUCCUGUCACAUGACAGAUGAGACUUGCACUUGUUUUUUCCUGUCACAUUCAGCAGUGAACACCAGAAGGAUUCUAGUUGACAACAACAAAAGGGUUAAGCCAUUAUGUAGUGGUAGCAUACACCUAUCAUGAAGGCAAACUAAUGGCCACUUCACUAAGUCCUCAGGACAACUUGACUGCCUGCACUGUGUUCAAACUGAGCACUUCCCUUAUAAUGAGGGUUUUGUAAUAGUGAAUUCUUCACAGGAGUUAUUGCCAUAUAAUGCACUUUCAAAACUUGUAUUUAUUAUAGUCAUAGAGUAAGAUAACGUCCAGUAAUCCACAGUUUCAAGGUCCUUUCAGGUAUGUUUUUGUAAACAAACAUGGAAUCCAUGUAAAUGAGAAGGUUGUCUUUCCUGAUUGUCGUGUCAAGAGAAAAGUACAUUACACAGUAUGUCAAUGAAGUGCAUCUGCUUGACAAAAUGUCAUUUUGUUUUAGUGAGGAGUUGUAAAGUGUUUAUUCAUUUAAGAACAAUAAGAAAACUAUGACUAUUUUAAUACAAGAGGUUGCAAUAAAGCUUUUCAUGGUU